AGCGCACCCAUCUCACUGGGAUUGUAAUUAUUACCAUCACCUCUCUCUCCCUCGUUUUCUCAUCUGCCACAGAGCCUGAACUUCUGCAAACACACAAGCACAGCUGGUUUGUCAGCUUCAAUGGAUUCCAUAUGACCAAGUGUUGAAAGAUUCCCAGUUUCAUUACAUUGAGGUGUGGUCUGAUGUGUGUGGGAAUCUUUGGUGUUUUAGUAUUCGGUUUGGCUGACAUUUUCCAGCGACUUCAUACAGUUUUCACGUGAGAUCUGUUCUGCGAUUCAUUGUCUCUCGGAGUUGACGAAAUGGGGGGUUGUGUCUCCACUAGUAGCCGGAGUAAUUGUAGCAACAGGAGCCGCGGGGAAGCGGUUUCUCCGACGUGUUUCGGUUUCGGCUGUUGCAGAUCGAAGAGAGCUAAGAGAACAUUUUCGGAUCAUGUUAUCGGAUUGCAGCAUUCACCAUCAGCCCCCAACAGGAUAUUCACUAAUGGGAAGAGUAGAAGCUCUUGCAUAUUCACUCAGCAGGGUCGCAAGGGAAUAAACCAGGAUGCCAUGAUUGUAUGGGAAGAUUUCAUGCCGGAAGAUGUGACCUUUUGUGGUGUAUUUGAUGGCCACGGUCCACACGGUCAUCUCGUUGCUCGCAAAGUGAGAGAUGACCUUCCGCUUAAGUUGCUGUCCUCUUUGCAUUCUUGUCGGUCGAGGCAAAACGGGUCGGGGCAAACGUGUUUCAAAGGGAGUUUGGAGAAGAAAUCGGACGGUGGGGAUUCGGAGAAGGAAGUCUCAGCAGAGGAGAGAUUAAGUUUGUUAUGGAGGGAAGCAUUCAUGAAGUCAUACAAGGCCAUGGAUAAAGAGCUAAGGUCCCAUUCUAAUUUGGACUGCUUCUGCAGUGGUAGCACAGCAGUCAGUAUAGUUAAACAGGGGUCCGAUCUUUUCAUGGGAUACAUUGGGGAUUCUCGAGCUGUCAUGGGAUCGAAAGACAAUAACGAUUCUAUGGUUGCAAUCCAAUUGACAGUUGAUCUCAAACCUGAUUUGCCAAGGGAAGCCGAAAGGAUUAAGAAGUGCAAAGGAAGGGUGUUUGCAUUGCAAGAUGAACCUGAAGUAUGUCGAGUGUGGUUACCAUUCGAUGAUGCACCAGGGCUAGCAAUGGCUCGAGCUUUCGGAGAUUUUUGUUUGAAGGAAUAUGGUGUCAUCUCCGUGCCCGAAUUUUCCCAUUGCAUACUCACAGAAAGAGAUCAAUUUAUCGUCCUAGCCUCGGAUGGGGUAUGGGAUGUAUUGAGCAAUGAAGAGGUAGUCGAGAUUGUAUCAUUGGCUCCGUCCCGAUCGUCCGCUGCCAGGAUUUUGGUGGACUCGGCUGCACGUGAAUGGAAACUCAAGUACCCUACUUCAAAGAUGGAUGAUUGUGCAGUUGUUUGCUUAUUUUUAGAUGGAAGAAUGGACAUGGAAUCGGAUUACGAGGAACAGGGCUUUUCUUCUGCAACCCUUCAGAGUUAUCAUUCCGGUAAUGCAGGUGAGUCCGAUGAUGGCGGAAACAAAUCAGAGCCGUGUUUGGAGAGGAAUUUUACGGUUAGAUCAUCGGAAGAAAGCGGAAGGCUAUGUCCCGAGGAGCUCGAAGGGGACGUGGAUACAGUUUCCGGUGAAGAUCAAAACUGGUCGGGUUUGGAAGGUGUUACUCGAGUGAACUCACUCAUACAACUUCCUAGAUUUUCCGGGAAAAGGCCAAACCAAUAGGUUUUGUAGUGUCUGUAACGAAACUGGACGGGUUUUAGUGUAACAUUUU